AUGGACGAAUUGUCUAAGGGCAUGUCACUAACAGGAAGCUCUUCUGUAACUGACAAAACUCAAGAAAAUGAUGGUUCGACUACGCCGCUUGUGUAUGUGAACGAGUCGUGCCUAGAGUGCGAGCGUGUGCGCGCGGCGUGCGAGCGGCUGGGCGCUGUGGAGGCGGCGCGUGCGGGCGACGCGCUGCCGCAACCGCAGCCUCCGCCCGCGCCUCCUUCCUACCUUGUCACUACCCCCUUUGAAGGCGAGCUCUUCGACGCUGCGCAUAGAGCCAAAUACAGGGUGCUCGGUCCGACUGCGGUGCUCCAGCUGGCGGAUCGCGACGAGCCCCCACCUGCCAACGCCCGACCUCUUUAUUCGCUGGCUAUGCGCGGCGCUGUUAUAUGUUUUUCGGGGUUUCGAAAAAAAGAUGAGCUGACGUACCUGAUAACGCUGAUCCACUACAUGGGAGGGUCGAUACGUAAGGACAUGUCAAGUAAGGUGACGCACCUAAUCGCGGCGGCGGCCACCGGCGACAAGUACCGGUACGCGACGGGUUUUGGGCUGCCAGUGCUGGCCCGCUCCUGGGUCGACGCCUGUUGGGAGAGACGAGACGAUCCCGCCUGUUUUGCCACCGACGAACUUAUAAUUAAGGAACACAAACUGAAGGUGUUCGCCGGAGCGCGGGUGUGUUUCGUUGGCUUCCCUGAGGAUGAAACGCAGCACAUGGCGGAGGUGCUGGCGAGCAACGGCGGCGCCUCGUGCGCGCUCGACGAUGUUGACUGCACGCAUGUCGUAAUGGCCAAUGGGGAGACUUUCGGUCGUUCGCUUGUACUGUCACCUCCUUCGAAUACUCCCGACACAUCCAUGAAACCCUCCCGAACCACCCCGAACCGAUCCCAAAACACACCCAAGAGUUCUUUGUACCGUAGAUUGUCGGCGCGGCUUUCAGGACGCCUCAGCAGUCCGAACAAAUACAACGUUGAUACCAAUGAAAAUAAUUGUUCUCAAGAUGACAGAGAACAGCGCUUACAACGCGCUAUAAACAGUAUUAAACACAACCAAAGUAAAGAUGAACUAGAUAAUUCCAGAGUUAGUUAUGUAGGAAAAUCAUUUAUUGAUGAUUUAUGUUCGAGUGCCGAUAGAAACCAAAGUAUUAGUCAAAUGCAAAGCGUUGAACUACGUCAGUAUAAAAUAUCUGACAAAGAAAACAAAUAUGCAUCCCAAGCUCUACUAGAAAGUAGAAUAAGUAGCAAAAAUAAGAGAGAAGUGUUUAGAAAUAAGUCUAUGAACGUAUUUAACUUAGUAGAAUGUUUAACAGAAGCUGGAUCUCUUCACUCGUCUCUAACUAAAAGCUUAUGCGAUUUAGAUUGUAAGGACGAAACAACUGGUUGUCUGUUGCCUACAUCUGCAGUUGGUAAGGAGUUUCAACAUUCCACAACCACGAUAUCCUCUGGUAAAAAAAGGAGUCGAAAUUCAACUGAUUCAAAUUUUCAAGUAAGCAUAGUAGAUGCAAAUAUUUCUCCUGACAAAUGCGACGAAAGUAAUUGGAAAUCUAUCAAAAGGUUAAAAAUUAAGGAUUCAUUUAAAUUUAAAAAUAGACCUACGAUUUUUAAAAAGACGAAAAAAGAAUCUGCAUCCAAGGCUGUAGGAGAUAUAACCGUUGAGCAAGUUAGCCCUGAGAGUGUUAAACCCACUGAUCCAGCAGGAGAGUUCUUGGCUUCAACGUCUUCUCCGAUCAGAGAGGACGACAACGCCUCAAUUUGUUCACUAAAUAUCAGUAAACAAUCGGGAUUUUUCGACAUUUCUUUCGCAUCUAUACGUAGCUCUAAAACGGCAAAAUCUGCAUCAAAAUUAAGAAGAAGCGUCAAAUCAUUUACUGCUUCCUUCAGAAGCGAAAGGAAGAAGAAAUAUGAGAAACGUACGGACCGCAACACGAUCGAAGUCAAUCCGUGCCACUUGUCGGAUUUAAAAAAUGUUUCAACGCCUAAGAGAGAACUCGACGCAAUGCAUCUAGACAUAUCACCAGUUCAAGUAGACACAAUCGAUAGCACAGAUAUGAGAACUCCGCACAAAGCCGAACAAGCCGAGACCGACGAAUUAGACGAUUCAGCGAUUUUUAAAACACCACAAAGGGUGGUAGAUGUACACAACACAGGAGUAGCCCCCGAGUGUUCGGUGAAAGUGCACAUAGUCAAAGCCGAAUGGUUCUGGGCUUCUGUACAGAAUGAAGAGGCUCAGGAUGAACGGGAAUUCCUAUUUAAAGAUUAUCUAGACGAAGUGUCGCGGCGGUCGUCUGUGGGCGGCGCGUGCGCGGCGUCGACGGAGGAUGGGGGCGGUGGCAGCAGCGGGGGAGGUGGCGCGGGGUCGGGCGGCGGCACGCCGUCGCAGCUGCAGCGCCUGCGCAAGCGCAAGCUGCGCGGCGGCGACUCGGCGCUGAACAAGCGCCGCUCCUCGCUCAGCGACGCCGUGCUGCUCAGCCUGUCCGGCAACCUGCUCGACUGCACGCCCUCGCCCGACGGCAAGCAGCUGCUCGAAGAAUCGGAAGUACCUGAUAAUGUGGUGCGGAAACUUAUGUCACCAAGGCAACAAGUUUUCAUGGAGUUACUACAAACAGAGUCAAAUUAUGUAGGGAUAUUGCAUACAAUAGUCACUAUGUUUAAACAACCUUUAGAAGAGAUGGCCGAGGAGGACAGCAAUAACGGAAAAAAUCAAGCUUUGCUCAAUAAUACGGAACUAAAGAUUAUUUUCGGAAACUUACCGCCUAUUUAUGAGUUACACCAGCGAAUGCUUGAAGAGUUACAUUAUGCCCAAUCGCAUUGGAGCGAGGAGGUGAGCAUCGGCAGGCUGGUGCUCAGGUAUACGCCAGACAUGGUGAAGGCGUACCCUCCCUUCGUCAACUUCUUCGAGAACACCAAGGAGAUGCUGCAGCAGUGCGAUCGUGAGAACCCUAGAUUUCAUGCAUUCCUGAAAAUAUGCCAGACAAGACCAGAGUGCGGUAGACAGAGUUUACAAGAACUAUUAAUAAGGCCAGUGCAGCGGUUACCCAGUAUAAGCUUGUUACUUGAUGAUAUACUGAAGCACACGCAUAAGAACAACCCGGACCACGCGGCACUGGUGUCGGCGCUGGCCGGGCUGCGCGAGGUCAUGUCGCAUAUCAACGAAGACAAGCGCAAGACAGAGGGCCAGCUUCAGAUGUUCGACAUCUAUAACGACAUAGACCAGUGUCCGGCGCACCUCGUCUCGUCACAUCGAUCGUUUGUGUCCCGUUGUGAAGUGGUCGAAUUAUCAAAAGAACUCUCAGGAAGGGGAGACCAUCUUGUAUUAUUUCUAUUCACCGACACAAUGGAAGUUUGCAAAAAAAGAUCAAAGGCUUUUAACAGUAAAAGUCCUACUAACGGGAUGGGAACGAUGCGAUUAGGAUCUAGUAAACCAUACAGGCAUAUAUCGCUAAUGCCGCUUAGUACAGUCAAGCGUGUCGUCGAUAUCAGAGAAGCGGAAGAUUGUCACAACGUAUUUGCGCUGAUGUGCCGGAGUAAUCAAGAAUUAAAAGAAAAAUUAUAUUCAUUCAUGAUCACCGAUGAGACAGUCGACAAGUCAUACUUCCUUCGACAGCUCUGCAGACAGAUGGCCAACACAGUUUGCAAAGCUGAUGCCGACAAAUUUCUGGCGUGUCUGGAGUCACACCAACUCGACAUCGAUACGAGCGAUCUCGCACUAAGUACACUCUCCAGGGUGUCAAAGUUUGCUGCACGGACUCGAAUUAAGGUAGGACGUGCGCUUUCUUUUAACAAGACGCCGUCGAAGUUAAAACGCGCGAUGUCAUCGAUGAUCUCGCCGUUCGGCUCUACGUCCAACUUGACGCCGGCAUCGCAGCUGGCUCAGAUGAGGCUGGCCAGCUGCAAUAAUAUCAACGAGAUGGGCACGAGCGGCGGCGGCGGUGCGGAAGGCGGCGAGGUGCUGGUGGCGCCGCUGUCCGUGCAGCCCACGCGCAAGCUCACCGCCGCCGCGCUGCGCCGCUUCUGA